AUGACAGUCCAGACCGACGAGCAGCAUACGGCGGAGCCGGCGCUCAAGUCCCAGCACCUUCGGCAGGCAGGGACGACUUCCCAUCCCGAGUUUGGAGCCACGACGACUGCCUCCGAGGCCGCGGCUGCCUUUGCUGACCAGAUCAAGGGCAAGACGAGUAGGUCCUCCGGUCUGGCUGAGCUGACAUCAGUCCUGAUCACGGGCCCCUCGCAAGGCGGUAUCGGGUACGAGACCGCCCUCGCCAUCGCGCGGCAUGCGCCCGCCCUCCUCCUCCUGGCUGGCCGUGACCUCUCCCGGCUCGAGGCCGCAGCGGCCGCAAUCCGGUUCGAGGUCCCCGACGCCCAUCUCUCCACCGUCGAGUUGGACCUCUCCUCCCUUUCCUCCGUCCGAGCCGCCGCCGCGCAGAUCAAGACAACCGUGGACAGGCUCGACGUCCUAAUCAACAAUGCGGGGAUCAUGAUGACACCCCAUCAGUUCACAGAAGACGGACACGAGUCCCAGCUCGCGACGAACCAUCUCGGUCCGUGGCUGCUCACGAACCUCCUCCUUCCCAUCUUGGGACGGGUCGUAUUUGUGUCUUCGGUGGCGCACCGCACGUCUCCGGUGCACCUUGACGAUCCCAACUUUGCCUCGAGACCUUAUUCCAACUUCCUUUCUUAUGCGCAGAGCAAGACCGCGUGCGUCCUCGACGCCGUCGGCUUCAAUGCCAGGGGAGUGCAGGCUGUUGCACUGCACCCGGGAGGAAUCAGAACGAAUCUGGGCAGGUACCUCUGCAAAGAGGACAUGAAGGGCAUGAUUGGGCGGUUCUUCAAUGACGACGGGAGCAUGAGGGAGGACAGUGGGUGGGAGUUCAAAACGCUCGAGCAGGGCGCAAGCACUACCAUCGUGGCUGCUUUCGAUCCGGCUUUGAGGGGCGGAGAGUAUCUUCAUGACUGUCAGGUUGCACCGAUCGUUGCGGCUGCGAGGGACAUGGCUGAGUUGAUGAAGGGGGGUGUUGCGGAGCACGCGAUAGAUGAGGAGAGUGCGGAGAGGCUGUGGGCUCUCACGGAGAAGAUGGUGGGAGAGUCUUUUUAG